UCCCGGCCCGGGCUGGGAUACCCCCAGUGACCCCCGAGUUUCCCCUGCCGGGCCGGAUGGACCGUGAGACGCGCUCCCUCGCCGAGCGCCACUUCCGAGGCGGCGGGUGCGGCGGCCAAGCCCCGGCGCGCGUGGCCUUCAUCCCCGAGCCCGCCGCCUUCUCCUACGCCGACUUCGUCCGCGGCUUCCUGCUGCCCAACCUGCCCUGCGUGUUCUCCGGCGCCUUUACCGAGGGCUGGGGCGGCCGGCGGCGCUGGGUGACUCCCGCGGGCAGGCCGGACUUCGACCACCUGCUGCAGGCCUACGGAGAUGUGGUUGUACCUGUUGCAAACUGCGGGGUCCAGGAAUACAACUCGAACCCCAAAGAACACAUGCCCCUCAGAGACUACAUCACCUACUGGAAAGAGUACAUCCACGGGGGCUACUCCUCUCCCAGGGGCUGCCUCUACCUGAAAGACUGGCACCUGUGCAGGGACUCCUCAGUGGAGGAUGUGUUCACCCUGCCUGUGUACUUCUCCUCCGACUGGCUGAACGAGUUCUGGGAUGCCCUGGAUGUGGACGACUACCGAUUUGUCUACGCUGGGCCCAAGGGCAGCUGGUCUCCGUUCCACGCUGACAUCUUCCGCUCCUUCAGCUGGUCCGUCAACAUCUGUGGGAGGAAGAAGUGGCUUCUCUUCCCUCCAGGGCAGGAGGAGGCCCUGCGGGACCGCCAUGGCAGCCUGCCCUACGACGUGACCUCCCCCUCGCUUCUCGAUGCCCAUCUGUACCCAAGGCGCCAGCACUGCGGCCCACCCCUGGAGGUCACACAGGAGGCAGGCGAGAUGCUGUUCGUACCCAGCGGGUGGCACCACCAAGUCCACAACCUGGACGACACCAUCUCCGUCAACCACAACUGGGUGAAUGGCUUCAACCUGGCCCGCAUGUGGCACUUCCUGCAGCAGGAGCUGCGUGCCGUGCAGGAGGAGAUCGGCGAGUGGAGGGACUCCAUGCCUGACUGGGACCGCCACUGCCAGGUCAUCAUGCGGUCCUGCUCGGGCAUCAACUUCGAAGAGUUCUACCACUUUCUCAAGGUUAUCGCCGAAAGAAGGCUGCUCGUCCUGGGCGAGGGCACGGCAGGGGCCAGUUCAGGUGCUGAGCUGGGCACCGAGCAGGCAGCGUUCGAUGUCGGGCGCAUCGCGGAGGUGCUGGCGUCUGUGGUCGAGCACCCUGACUUCCAGAGAGUGGACACCAGCAUGUUCUCACUGCAGCCCAAGGAGCUGCUGCGGCAGCUGAAGGAGGCCAUUGCUGUCACCUCAGUCCUUUAGUGCCCUCCCCACCUCGAGCACCGUGGCCUGGGUGUCCCAGGAAUGGCCCUUCCUAUGGGUCCGUUGCAGUCCUGGCUGUCCAUGGCCGUUGUCCAGGCCCCUGUUCUCAGGGCCUGGCGAGGUCAGGGACCCUGGAUCCGCUGAAAGGGUGCCAGGUGGGUGCUGGUCUCGCUGACCUGCAGCAAGCCUGGGAGAGCUUGGGCUGGGUGGCGUCGUGACUGGGGUUUUUGGAGUCCCCGCAUGCCUAGCGAAGGCCAGGACAUCUGAGCCGAGGGGCGUGUGCAUCCCGUCUGCCUGCCCUGGAGGCGCCUCCUCGUGGUGGGAGCUGCCACGUGCUCACCAGGGCCUAAGACAGGAAGCCGGGCCUGCCCUACCCUCCCGUGAGGGAGGCUGGGCCGGGGCAGAGGUGGGCCACAGAGCCUGCAACCUGGGCGCUCCUUCCUCGUGGCCCCCACAUGGCAGGCCUGGCCUCUGAACUGAAGUGGCAAGGAGCCUCCCACUAGUGGCCUGUGCCCUCCGGGACUGCGUCCUGGGCCCAGAGGGGCUGUGGCUGCUGUUAGUCACAUUUGCUGUGCCUAGCAGGUGCCCGUAAAUCCCUGAGGGAGGAGGGAGCAGGUGGGCUGCGUGUCCCCCACGCGGCACCUCUACCUGUAGCUCACGCACCUCGCCCUCUGCGCGGUGAGUCUUCCACUGCCGCUGCACGCUGGGCACGGUGGCUGAGGCGUGAGCGGGCUGCUCACCACGGCCCUGUCCUGGCCCCCACGGAGGCACAGCGGACCAGCAGCCUACUUUGCACCAUGGGGCAUGGGCUCUUGGGGGCCGUCCGUGGCUCUGUGGCUCCCCCCUCCAGCAGGAGAUGCCCCAGAUCUUGGCCCUCUAGUAAGAACCGCGAGGGUGGGGGCCGGGGCUCUGCCUGUGUGUCCUCAACCCCAAGUCCGCUUCUUUCCAGUUGGCCCUGGGUCUGCCGUCCCCACCCCAGGAGUGGAGGACGUGUCUGACUGCGCCGACGUCCCCUGCUGCUGCCUGACUCCUGGCCAGGAUGGACACCCGGGAGGGCAGGGACUUCCGUCUGUUCUGUUAAAUGAAUUAUGCUGAG